AAGUUACAACUGAUGGCUUUUGGAGAAUUCAAUGAAUGUGUUUCUCAACUUCAAUAUUGCAGAUACAGGUAGUAGCAAAGCAUCGUAAUAUAUGGGUGGAGAAUGCUGAUCGCAUGGUUGCUGGUUUCCUUGAAAUGUUUGAAGAAGGUUGCCAUAAAAUGGGAACAGCCAUCAGAGACCAAAUACAAGAGCGACUAUUGACAAAGGCAAAUAUAAAAGGACUCGUAUAUGAGGAAGGUGAUGAGGAUGAUGAUGAGUACUAUUAUGUUGACAGCAGUGAAGAAGAGUAUUAUGAUGAGGAAGAUGAAGAAUGAGCUUCUUCAUUAUGUUCAUCCAUGAUUGGAUGGGUAUUCUUCUGGUUGUUCACUUUAAGGUUAUAAGUAUGCUUUCCAGUGUAGACAACUUUGCAGGUGUGCGAGUUUGCAAAACAUAGAUUGUUGUCAGAGUUGGAAUUUUUUUGCGUACUUUUUUGUUUUUGGUGUAAGAAUGGAAGUUGGGCACGGUAACUUAUGUCAUCAGUACUGAAAAAACAAAUUUACUUGAAUCUACAGGAUUAAAAUGCAGGAAUUUGCCCCUUUGUUAAA